AUGGUUGCGCGACCGCGUUCGCCAGAUGGCGCCCUGAUACCACGAUUCUACGCUGGACGUCACGUUCUUAUCACCGGUGCUACUGGCUUCAUGGGAAAAGUUCUAGUUGAAAGAUUAUUAGCGACAUGUCCAGACAUAAGUCGACUGUAUCUGCUGUUGCGUUACAAGAAGGGUGUGACACCGGAGAAACGUUUGCAGGAUCUAAAACAAUCUCAGGUGUUUGACGUGAUUCGUCAGACCAGACCUGAGCAGUUGGAUAAGCUGAGUGUGAUCGCAGGAGAUGUCUCGCAACCCGGGCUAGGACUAGCCCCCACUGCAGUGAAUCUACUACAAGAGGUGUCGGUUGUGUUCCAUUCAGCGGCGACAUUGAAGUUCGAUGAGCCGCUGCCAACGGCUGUACAACAAAACGUUCUCUCAGUGAUGCGUAUGAUGGAACUCUGCGAUAAACUACCUAACAUUGAGGUGUUCAUGCACGUAUCAACGGGCUACAGCAACUCUGAACGAACACAUAUCGAAGAGAAAGUGUAUGAACCACCUACUACAAUCCAACAGCUGCUGGCCUUGCUGGAAGUAGUACCGCCAGAUCUUUUGCCUAAUAUUACUCAGCAGUACAUUUCUCCCAAAACCAACACCUAUACAUUCACGAAGGCGAUGGCUGAGGAGGCUGUGCGGGAACAUGGCAAUCAAAAAUACCCCAUUGCCAUCUUUCGUCCAACAAUAGUCGUUUCUUCGUAUCAGCACCCGUUCCCAGGUUGGAUAGAGAACUUAAACGGUCCAAGUGGUAUCAUAGCCGCUGCAGGGAAAGGUUUGCUUCACGUGUUCUCCGUGAAGGAAUCAGCAAGAGCCGACAUGCUGCCUGUUGACAUCGCCAUCGACACGCUGAUCGCUGCCGCUUGGGAGACGGCUCUUGACAAGUCAAAAGAAGUACGGGUAUACAACUGCAGCACGUACGAAAAUCCAACAACAUGGGGUAAUUUUGAAAAGGCGAUGCGAGUCUACUUACCCCAAUAUCCACCAAAUAGCGCCUUUUGGUACCCUUCUGGAACAGGUGUCGAAGGCAGAUACGCGCAAAAGGCGUUGGAAUUCAUUUUGCAGACCAUGCCUUUACACGCAACAGAAUACAUAUUGCGCCUAUUUAGAAUUAAGACACAAGUAAACCUUAUAACAGCGAGUCAGAAAUUACGGGCAAUGAACGGCGUUCUGAGAUUCUUCGCCCUUAACGAAUGGCACUUCAGUACUGACAACGUACGUCGACUCAACGCUCGCAUGUCGCCCGAAGACAGAGCUAUAUACAACUUGGACCCGAAAACUAUCGAUUGGCAGGAUCUUUACAAAAACUUUAUCAUUGGUACCAGAAGACAUAUAUUCAAAGAAAAGGAUCAAGAUUUGGACGAUGCGAAACGCCAUAUACGCAGAAUGUACUUCCUUCACAAGGGGGCGAUAAUGUUCACAAUACUGCUGGUCUUACGGCUAAUACUACAGAAUAGAUACAUGCGUGAUUUUGUAUACGGAACGUUAAAAAUAUUAAUGUAUAUUGUUAGUACAACGUAUUCGCGUAUUACAGCACGUGUAUAA